GCCAGUCGUUUCUCUCUCUGCUUUUCUGCCCAUUUCUCUAAGAUUUAGCGUUAAACCUGAGUAACAUGAGUCUGUACGUGACACUGCGCCCCGCUGCCCUCACACUGACUGUAACCCGGUAACAGCGCUCCGGCGCACAGGAAGUGACGCUACAAUUUGCUAUUAACAUGGCAGCGUCCGCUUUUGUUAGUAAUGGGCGUAAAAAUAAACGAGCCGGUAAUAUUUUGUGUAAGGAAUAGUAUGACAAGACAGUCCUUCUGAUACACAGUGAGUGUGGGGCCCUCCUAUCUGCGCACAGCCAGAGGGUCCCCACCCAUUCCCAACAUGGAGUCACACUUUUCCAGUUCUCCAGAGAUGGAACCAAGGAGGUUAGAGGGGAAAUGGGAGAAUGAAGAGCCGGACGCUGAGGAUCAAGUGCAACCAAAGUUUGAAAUUGAUUCAUUUUAUGACCCUGCUUCCCCAGCUCCACAGCCAGAAAUAUUACAGAUAAAGAUAAAGGAGGAAGAAUCAGACUCUGAAGACCAUCUUCACCCAAAUGAAAGGUCAUCUGCUACACUAACUGAUGGGGAUGAUGUUGUGGUGAAGAAAAGGAGACAGUGGGUGCAGCCGAUGUGCUAUCAGCGCUUUUCCAAGGGUCAGUUCCACCUGCUGUAUGGCAAGCUACGGAAAAACCCUGAGAAGUUCUUCGCCUACAUCCGGAUGUCCAUCUCCACCUUUGAUGAGCUACUAAAGCUUGUACAUCCGCAUCUGCAUCGGAUGGAUACGAAUAUGCGCCAGGCCAUAUCCCCAGCGGAACGACUGGUUGUAACGUUAAGGUUCCUUGCUACCGGCAGCACGUUUGCAGCUUUGCACUACCAGUUCCUUAUUGGACGAGCUACGAUCGGCAUGAUAGUGCGGGAAACCUGCAAGACUAUUUGGAAUGUGACUAAAGACCUUGUCAUGCCGGAACCAAACACUGAGAAGUGGAUGAAGAUCGCCGAGGGGUUUUAUGAGAAGACGGAUUUCCCCAACUGCAUCGGGGCUCUAGAUGGCAAGCACAUCCGUGUCACCAGGCCCCCCAAUACCGUGUCCAAGUCUUGCUCGAAGGUCUUCUUCACGGUUCUGUUAGCCCUGGUUGACAGCAGCUACUGUUUCACCUACAUUGACGUGGGCGCAUAUGGCAGUGACGGAGACGCCAGCGGAUUUUUUAAAUCCAAUCUUGGGAAGAUGGUGAAUGAAGGCAAACUUAACUUUCCUGCAAAUAAACCUCUGCCCGGCACCAAAGGCCCAGCGCUCCCAUAUGUUAUAGUGGCAGACGAGGCUUUUGGAAUCUCCACGAAUGUAAUGAGGCCUUAUCCAAUCAGAAACCUGACUGGAACUAAAAGAGCUUUCAAUUACAGGCUGACCAGGGCGCGUAGAAUGGUGGAGUGUGCAUUUGGGAUCCUGGCAAAUAAAUGGCGGGUGUUUCAUUCUGCCAUACAGCUCAAUACCGCCUUCGUAGACGACAUUAUUAAAUGCGCGUGUGUGCUGCAUAAUCUGGUGCUGCUGAGAGAUGGGAUUGUAUUUGAGGAUUCCAUACUGGAUCCUCUGCCCGGGGUGCCCUGGAACGUUGUGCGAGGACCGAAUAGCGGCAUGAGUGUGAGAGAUGCCUAUGCCCAGUAUUUUGCUUCUACGCAGGGAGAAGUCCCCUGGCAAAAUGAGAAUUUUUGAAGAACAUUUCGAUUUAAUUCAUUCUUUUUAUAGAGGAUUAUCUGUAAGCAGAGUGUUAAAGAGACAGCCUAAAAUGUUCCGCCUGGACUGUGAGCAGUAUGGGGGGGAGAAUGAUGUUGCCAUGAUGGAAUGGUAAUACCCCAUUGCAGGCUGGGAGAACAUGUAGGAGGGUUCCCUUCUAAGGCUAUAGAAAGCCAUUAAUAAUCACAUUCCCAUCAGACCAUGGCCUGUGGGCAGUUGUGACUUUAGGCUUCUUGAAAAUGGAUAUUGUAACACUACAGGAGGGCGGCGAGUGGUUACAUAGGAGACUGUGACAGAAACAGUGGCGGUUUAAGCAAAACUGAAGCUGCAGGAUGAUUCCAUCUUGCAAUUUUAGAAAGGGGGAAAUAAGUAUGUAUGAGCCACUUCAUAUUUCCAUUGGGCAAUGGGAAAAAUGUAAUUUUUUUUUUUUUUAGGAAGUAUCCCCUGUGGAUUAGUGAUUGCGUUAUAGCAUUAAGCACAUACAGAUAAAAUAGAGGGGCCUAUAAAUAAAGGUUUAUAUGAGGGGGUUCCUCAUACGUAGCUGUAUAUUGCCUUCACUGAUUCAGUUAUAGUAUGUAACAAGCGGAAUCACGAGUAGCAGGUAGUUUAUACAGGGGUCCUAUAUCCCUACUGCUGUGCCCCACCCCCCCCCCCCCUCCAAUAGCAUUAAAAGUAGUCUAGUCCCUAAAGAAUGCUGAGGACCAUAAUUAACCCUAUUAGGGGCUAUAUUGAGCUUACUCUCAUAAUUAACCCUAUUAGGGGCUAUAUUGAGCCCAUGGGCUUACUCUCAUAAUUAACCCUAUCAAGGGCCAUAUUGAGCCCAUGGGCUUACUCUCAUAAUUAACCCUAUUAGGGGCCAUAUUGAGCCCAUGGGCUUAUGCUAAGACAGCGAAGAGUGGGAAGUUCAGGUACAGUGAUGUUCUGUCGGCUGGAGCCUUGGGUUAGACAAACAUGGGGGGAUGCCAAGGGGGCACAAAGGCACCAAGCAGCACAUUUAUAUUGUGAGGCUUUUGCCAGUCAUAAAAUCUGAAUAAAGUCUGUAUGAAAACAAU